AUGGAAGGGAUCGUGGAUGCCAGCGCCUGUCUAACUCAAAUUGAGCUAUCUCAAGUUAUAGGGUCUCAGGUCGAUUUGAGGCCACGCAAUCGUCUAUCAUCUCAUUCACGAGGCAAGCUGAAAUCUCAAUUGGUCAUACCCCUCUGCUCCACACAAACCCAUCUGGAGGCUUUCGAAGAUCCCUCAACUUCCAGCACUUGCAUUGAUUUAGCCACUUCAUCGUUUGAGGAGGUCACUCCCAUGGGAAUAGAGGAAGAUUUGCUGAUAAGCAUCACAAUGCCCUGCCUUGAGGUUGCUACUGUCGGAGGCGGUACAUGUCUCCCUGCUCAACGUGCCUGUCUCAGCCUACUUGGUCUUGCCGUAGAUAGGCCGGCAGAACAUCUUGCUAGAUUGAUUGCAGCGACAGUGCUGGCCGGAGAACUGAGCCUAUUAGCAGCGCUUGAUACCGAUGACCUGGUUAAUGCUCAUAUGUGCCUUAAUCGUGCACAGAUGAGCAUUGUCUGCCAAUCUUCAAAUGAAGACUAUCCUUGCCACUCCUCCCAAUGUUAUCUUUAG